UUGUAUGAUGUGUGUUGACUCGGGGUAAAGCCGCGGAUUGGGAAUUUUGGAAGAAAAGGAAUUCCUGGCAAGAGCUUUGAUAUGUAAAGGCUGACUGGCUGACUGCAUGUGUGUCUAGAAUGCUCUCGUGUGUGUCCCUCAGAGCUCUACUAUUCAUCUCUACUCUAGUACGCGUCCUCCUGAUAGCUUAUGGGGAAUGGCAGGACAGACACUUUACUGUACAGUUCACUGACAUUGACUAUCAUGUAUUCAGUGAUGCAGCCCUGCACAUUACCAGGGGGGAGUCCCCUUAUGACAGACCCACCUAUCGCUACACACCUCUGCUAGCACUCAUCCUCACACCCAAUCACUAUCUAUUCUUCUCAUUCGGCAAAUUCCUAUUUGUGAUUUUUGACCUCCUCACUGGUUGGCUAAUCUACACGCUCCUCAGCUUGAGGCAUGUUUCAGAGUCCCUCAAGUUGCUAUCGUGUGCCUGUUGGCUGCUCAAUCCACUAACAGCCACUGUGUCCAGUCGCGGGAAUGCCGAGUCUCUGCUUUCUUUUCUCGUUUUAUCCUGCCUCUACCUGCUUGUUUGUCGUCAUACCAUCUCAGCAGGCGUACUGUUUGGAUUGGCUGUUCAUAUGAAGAUAUUUCCUAUCAUGUACUCUCUCCCAAUGUUCCUGUUUAUUGACGAGCACUACACAGUGAAAGUGGGCGGAGUAACUGAUGGGAAGAGGGUGUGGUUAAUGGGUCUACUGACUAGAGAGAGGUUAAAGUUCACUGUCGUAAGUGCUGCAACCUUUGCUCUCACUACAUUGUUGUGUUUUAUGUGGUGUGGGAUGGACUUUAUUCACGAGGGGUACUUGUAUCAUAUAACGAGAAGGGACACUCGUCACAACUUCUCAGUGUGGUUCUACAUGUUAUAUUUGAUCCAGGACUCGUGGCUCUCCCUGCCAGUGGGGUUACUGGCCUUCAUACCUCAGGCCCUGCUGCUGAUAGCAUCAGCCCUCUGGCUCUAUAGGGACCUCCCGUUCUGUUGCUUUGUGCAGACCUUUGUGUUUGUCACCUUCAACAAAGUGUGCACCUCUCAGUAUUUCUUGUGGUACCUGUGUCUGCUGCCACUGAUCGUCCCCUUCUCUCGCCUGAGGCUGUGUAGUGUGGUAGUCAUGACAACCAUGUGGUUCCUUGGACAGGCCCUGUGGUUGGUCCCUGCCUAUUACCUGGAGUUCCAAGGCUACAACACAUUCACUCGGAUAUGGACUGCUGGCAUUGCGUUAUUUGUUAUCAAUGUGUUCAUUAUUGUGAGGAUCAUCCAACACCACUCGUUUUGUCCCACUCUGAGAAAUGGUCAUGUCACCAAGUUGUGCUUGAAGACUUCAUAAUAAUGUUUAUUAAAUCAA